AUGAAUACCACGCUUGUGAUUGCAAGCCUCUUCGCCAUCAUCUCCUUGAGCAUAGCAGUAUCGCCGGCUGUCUUCUUUUCCGCGGAUGGUGAUGCCCAAUGUGGCCGGGAAUGCGGUGGGGUGUGCUCUGCGGCAUCAAGCAAAUGCCCACGUUCGUCCGUAGGAUGGUGUUUUCUGGCAACCGAUGCGGGUACAGCCUUGAGCGACGAGGAGUCGACUGCACGGUUCUUUGCGUAG